UGUAGACUUGUAGUUGUAGCUUUAGUUUUGGAGACCUAAACUAGUUGGGCUUCUGGAGGAGGGUGUGCCUUUGUAUUUAGUAAAUUCUAACCGAAAUAGAAUAGGAGUCUGUAGAUCAUAGAAGACAUAAAUAAAGACAGAGUGAGUGAAGUCUCUUUGUAUUUCAACUACUACGCCGCAUCAAUCUCUCUCCUCUGUUACAACUUCAACUUUCAGCAAAUCAUAGGAGUGAAGUCUCAGUAUUCCAUUGCCCAUGGCUGUAGCUGAUAAUCAUGCGCUGAUAUCACCGUUUUUGAGAUUGGUGGACAUUGAAGGGAAAGGGAGGGGUCUAGUGGCAUCUCAGCCACUUAAAGGAGGACAAACUGUCCUCCGAGACUCUCCCAUCCUAACUUACUCGGCUUUUCCUUUAAAACGACAAGGGGAUGGCUUUUCUUACUCUAGAUAUUGUGGUCAUUGCUAUAGGCUUUUGGUCACAGGAGAUAGGACAUUGGCAUGUCCUUCGUGCUCUCAUCCCGAUGAUGCAAUAUAUUGCAGCCCUAAAUGCCAGUCUUUGGCCCUUCGUUUCACACACACACCAUGGGUGUGUCAAUCUCUUAGUUAUUUACGAAAUUGUCCCUUAUUGGUUGACCAGCAACCUGAAGAUCGCCCGAUCCAAGCUCGUUACUUGGUAGCUGCAUUGAAUCUUGCUAUGGUUAAUCCUCCCUUCUUCCAGACACUGAUGUCACUUGAUGGAGGUGGACCCCAUGGUGGAGAAAGGGAUUCAGAUGCUGCUAUCUUUCUGCACUCUAUCAUCUCAGCAUUACCUUUUCCUGAGGGAUUAUCUGCUCCAUCAGUGGAAAUUACUGCUGCUCUACUAUCAAAGGACAGGUGCAAUUCCUUUGGUCUCAUGGAGCCUUUUUCAGAACAUGGGGAAAGAUCUGUGAGAGCUUAUGCUAUUUAUUCAAACGCUUCAUUCUUCAACCACGAUUGUCUGCCUAAUGCAUGCCGAUUUGACUAUCUUGAUACCGAAACUGAGGGAAACACUGAUAUGAUUAUUCGAAUGAUACAUGAUAUUCCUGAAGGCCAAGAAAUUUGCUUGAGUUAUUUUCCAGUCAAUCUAAGUUAUCCUGGAAGACAGAAGAGGUUGUUGGAUGAUUAUGGUUUUUCUUGUUUUUGUGAUCGAUGCAAGAUUGAAGCUAAAUGGCCAGAUGAGGAUGAUGAUGGUGAGGAUGAAAGUAUGGAAGAGGAGGAUGAGGAGAUGUCGCCGUCAGAUGUGGAGAACAAUGAGAUUGAGCAUGAAGGGGAUGAUGAUUUUCCUCAUGCCUAUUUUUUUGUGAGAUUCGUGUGUGAUAAAGAAAAUUGUGGAGGCACUUUGGCUCCUUUGCCACCCUCAAAUAAUAAUACACCUAAUAUCAUGGAGUGUAAUGCAUGUGGCUCUUUGAAGAAAGAAGAGUUAUAACAUGAUGAAGGAAAAUGAUUUUACUGAGGGUUGACUGGUGUUUUGGAGGCUAUCUUCUCUCAUUGAACGGUAAAGAAGCUUAUUUUGAAAGACCUGAGAGUGAGAAUUGCAGAUAUGCAGCUGCGAUAACCUCGACUUUCGGUCUGUAAAAACUAGUAGGCCAAAACCUGCUAGUGUUGCUCUUCUCUCUUCAGGCUGACGCUACGAAGCCGGAGAUCGUACUGUUUGCUUUUAUUUACUGUAUGAGUUUGAAGUCCAUAAUCUUAAUUCAUAAUGUUUCUGUUCGCCAUUGGUUAGGGAAUGCUUGUUCUGUUGUUUAGUUUUAUGUACUUAGUUGUAAAGUUGUUCCUCUCUUGGUAUGAUAAAUCAGCUGAGACGUUUAUUUUUUCUUCUACCGUUUGAUUUAUAUGAUCUUUAAUGCA